AUGCUCUUGAGAAUAGCGCUCGUUGUUGCCUGUUUGGCGCUGUUGGUUCUAGGUGCCGAGGACUACUACAAGCUACUUGGACUUAAAAAGAGUGCCACCGACCGCGAGCUUAAGAAAGCAUACCGGAGCCUUAGCAAGAAAUACCACCCAGACAAGAAUCCUGGAGAUGACACAGCAAGUCAAAAGUUUGUCGAGGUAGCUGAAGCCUACGACGUCCUCAGCGAUGAGGAGACUCGCAAGAUCUACGACCAGUAUGGCCAUGAAGGCGUUCAGCAGCAUAAGCAAGGUGGAGGCCCACGCCAGCACCACGACCCCUUCGAUCUAUUCUCGCGCUUCUUCGGCGGCUCAGGGCACUUUGGACACCAUGGCGGGGAGCGGAGAGGGCCGAACAUGGAAGUUCGAGUUGCUAUACCGCUUCGCGACUUCUACAAUGGACGGAAGACUGAGUUCACGAUAGAGAAGCAGGCAAUCUGCUCGGCUUGCGAAGGCUCAGGCUCCGAAGACGGACAUGUAGAGACAUGCGACACAUGUGGCGGACGCGGUGUACGGAUACAGCGACAACAGCUCGCACCUGGACUGUUCCAGCAAGUACAAACACAUUGCGACAAGUGUGGCGGCAAAGGAAAGACAAUCAAACACCCCUGCCCCGUCUGCAGCGGCAGCCGCGUCGUUCGCGAAGCCGAAUCUCAUGAACUCGAGAUUGAAAAGGGUAUGCCUACGGGCGUACGCAUCACGUACGAGAACGAAGGCGAUGAGAGCCCGGACUGGGUAGCAGGCGACCUGAUUGUGCACCUCGUUGAAUCUGAUCCAGUGCUCGGCCAGCAAGACCACGAACGCUCAGACGGAACAUUUUUCCGCCGCCGAGGCAAGGAUCUAUUCUGGCGCGAAGUCCUCUCCCUUCGGGAAGCAUGGAUGGGUGACUGGACACGUAACAUCACGCAUCUGGACGGGCACGUUGUCCAACUACAUCGCAAACGAGGUGAUGUCGUCCAGCCCAAUACUGUAGAAGUUGUCAAGGACGAGGGCAUGCCGAUAUGGCACCAGGAGCUUGAGAACAACGAAGGCCACAAGUGGGGAGAUUUGCAUGUUGAGUAUGUAGUUGUGCUGCCGGAUCUCAUGGAGAAGAGUAUGGAGAAGGAAUUUUGGAGCGUGUGGGAGAAGUAUAGGAAGAAGAAUGGUGUGCAGCUAGAUGGCGCUUGGGGGAGGCCGGAAGGAGGGAUCGAGAUGCCGAGCCCAGAGGAGCAUGAUGAGUUAUAG